CCCCUUUCUGUUUGCUGCAGCGAGGUGUACUUGGAGAUACUUGGUAGGAUUUUUGUGUUUUUGCAGCUUUCCCAGGUAAUUUACGGCUAUUUCUAUUUAGGUAACCCGAAACUACUUCCGGUCAGAGGCUCCGCCCACGUUGAGACUUUAACGAAUGUUCAUUGGUCACAAUGAACUUUUUGAAUGUUUCACAGAGUAAUGUAGGAAUAAAACAAAACUCUGGUUCUGUUUGGACCUCCGGCGGUGCUGUGGGAAUGGCGAACCGGAACCAGAUGAAAGAAGCCCUGCAGGAGCGCAUAGAUUCACUGAAACAGCAGCUCCACAGUCUGAGUCGGGACAUCUGGACCCGGCCCGAGGUCGCUGGCGAGGAGGUGAACGCUCACGAUGUGCUGGUUCGCUUCUUCUCCGAGCAGGACCAGGCAUGGACGGUCCAAAGCCACUACGAGCUGCCGACCGCGUUCCGGGCCAGCUGGGGUUCGGUCGGUACCACCGGGGAACCCCGGCGGCUGAACGUGGGUUUUCUGUGCGAGUAUGACGCGCUGCCGGAAAUUGGGCAUGCAUGCGGUCACAACCUGAUAGCGGAAGUGGGAGCUGCGGCUGCUGUGGGGCUGAAAGCGGCGGUGGAGACCCAGCCAGAGCUUCCAGUGGAGAUAACCGUUCUGGGAACACCGGCAGAGGAGGCGAUUGGAGGAAAGAUCGACCUGAUCCGAGCCGGGGCUUUCACUGAUGUGGAUCUCAUCUUCAUGGCUCAUCCGGCUCAGCAGGAUGCCUCCUUCCUUCCCACCGUCACAAUCGCUGAGGUGUCAGUGAAGUACCAUGGGAAGGCGUCUCAUGCUUCUGCGUAUCCGUGGGAGGGGGUGAACGCGCUGGAUGCUGCUGUGCUAGCUUAUAGCAACCUCUCUGCGCUCAGACAGCAGCUGAAGCCUGAGUGGAAACUUCAUGGCAUCAUCAAACACGGAGGGGCGAAGCCCAACAUCAUCCCUGCCUACUCAGAGCUGGAGUUUUAUCUGCGAACCCCGUGGCUCAGUGAUCUUUGGGAGCUGAAGGCCAAAGCCGAGGCGUGCUUCAGAGCUGCAGCUCUGGCCACAGGCUGCCAGGUGGAGAUAAUGUACCCGUCCCAUACCUACUCUAACAUUCUGCCUAAUGACACACUGGCAACCCUGUAUAAAAGCAACGGAGAAGCUUUGGGCAUGGUGUUUCCUGAGCAGCCAGCUAGCUUCUCUGGUUCCACAGACUUUGGUAACGUUUCAUUCAUAGUGCCUGGGAUCCACCCGUUCUUCCACAUCGGCACCGACGCAUUAAACCACACAGAGAAAUACGCUGCAGCAGCAGGAGCCGAGGAGGCCCAGUUGUACGCCCUGCGGGCGGCCAAGGCUCUGGCUAUGACAGCUGUGGAUGUGCUGUGCUGCUCCGAUCUGCUGCAGCGAGUGAGGGACGACUUCAGGCUGGCCAAACUGAGAGAGGAGAAGGGACCACAGGGCAGAAACAACAACUCACAUUGAGACACACAAAAUCCCCGAACUCGGCUGGAUGGUUUCAUUUCAACCACAAAUGAAUGGCACUUUGAAACAAAUGUCAAUGCAUUUUAUAAACCAACACAAGUGGUUACCAAGUAUUUCUAGUUCUUGUUCAAACUAACUUAUAAGUAACUUUUCUAAGAACUUGUUUUAAGCCAAUAACUCUUCAAUAUUGAUUUAAUAAGUUAACUUAAGACAUUUUUCUGUGGUAAAAGUGAAAUAAUCUGCCUGUGAAACUGAUACGUUACUAUUGAUCAACCUCCUAUUGUGCUGUAAAGUUACUGUAAGUAAUUACUGUAAGUAAUUUUGUUUUAUUUCAAGUGUGAUAAGAUAUUACCAUUAGAUAUUAGACAAAAACCUCUUGAUAUUUGUGUUUUUCGCAGUGAAAACAUUGGUUACAUAGUGAAUCUUUACAGUUGUUAAGUUAUACAGUGGAGAUUAUAAACCAACCAAAAUGCUUGGUAAGAUUU